AUGUUUUACCGGAAAGCCCUCGCUUCCCUCGCUGUAUCAUCGGUUCCCCUUUCUCCAAGACAAAAUCAUACUGCUGUUAUUACGAGAUCAGUAUGGAGUUCCAAUCUUGAUCAGGAAUUCAGAUUGCUUCGAUCCGUGAUCGAUCUUUAUCCUCUCAUUUCUAUGGACACUGAAUUUCCCGGUGUUGUUAUCGGUUCUGAUCCCGGUGAUCCGUUUCGGGACAGUGCUGACACUCUCUACUCGGUUCUGAAAGCCAAUGUGGACAGAUUGAAUCUGAUACAGAUUGGACUUACAUUAUCGGAUCAUACCGGUGAUCUUCCGAAUUUCGGCACGGAUCAGUUAUUUAUUUGGGAGUUUAAUUUCAAAGACUUUGAUGUUGGUAGAGAUGAUUUUGCAAUGGACUCUAUUGAGUUGUUGAGGCGUCAGGGGAUUAAUUUCGAGAAAAAUAGAAAGUUAGGAAUUGACUCGUUUCGGUUUGCUGAGUUGAUGAUGUCUUCGGGUCUUGUAUGUGAUCCUAGCGUUAAUUGGGUGACGUUUCAUAGCGCGUAUGAUUUUGGCUAUCUUGUUAAGUUGUUGACACAUCGCGACUUGCCUGAGGAUUUAGAUGAGUUUCUUCGUGUUGUGAUGGUGUUUUUUGGAGAUAAGGUGUUUGAUGUUAAGCAUUUGUUGAAAUUUUGCUCUAACUUGCAUGGUGGGUUGGAUGGGAUUUGCAGGUCAAUGAAGGUGGAUCGGCUUACAGGGAAAAGUCAUCAAGCGGGUUCGGAUAGUUUGCUUACGUUGCAUGCUUUUCAGAAUAUCAUAGAGCUUUACUUUGAAAAGGCGGAGGGGUUUGUUAAAUACGGUGGUGUGUUAUAUGGAUUAGAAGUUCGUUAUAACAACAACAAAGCCUUAUCGCAUGCGGUGUUUUGUAUGGAUUAG